CCGGAGGAAGCCGCCCGUGUCGUUCCCACGCCUCCGCGCCGCAAAAAACGCCUCGAAUCAGCAAAGUGUGCAAAAUGCGGAAACGGCAGUAAAAAGCGCAGUUUGUGGGAAUUAUGCGGCGGCGCAGCGGAGCGGCGCUGCGGGCAUCGGAGCAGCGACGGGCCUCGACUCUCUCCGCCGGAGUUCCUGCACCGAGGGGACGCCAACUUUUCUGGCUCGGCUCGGUUCUGUGAGCGGGUCGCUGCGGACGGACCCCACGGCGCUGCGCAGUCCGUGCGGACGGUUCGGUGUCGCUGCGCCGCAGUUUGCGGCAGUUUGUCUGAGAAAGACGCUCCGGAGCCGCUCGGGGAGCCGCGUAGCUAGCUAGCUGCUAGCCGCUCCGGGAACCCGCUUUUAGUGUUUAUUUAGCGACAAAACUGAGAAAAAUCCCCCAAAACUCUGCUCCAGCGGCGGCCCAGGGCAGGCAGCGGCCCGGUACCGGCGGCCGGACACUUUCUGCGGAGCUUUGACGCUGUUUUUCGGUUGUUUUCCCACUAACGCCGCUAGCUGAACUCGGCGCAACUCCGCCGCCGCUAACGUCCCGACAUGCCGCAGCUGGACCGGGCGGACGGGGACGACCUGGGGGCCAGCGACGAGCUGAUCCCCUUCAAGGACGAGGGCGAGCAGGAGGAGAAGAGAGCCGCGUCCGGACGGGACCUGGACGACGUCAAGUCCAGUCUGGUCAACGAGUCGGAGGGCACCAGCGGCUCGGACUCGGAGGCUGACCGACGGACGCAGCCCGGACCGGGCGCCGAGCUCCGGGCCAGACACGGCCAGCUGCCCGACGAAGGUACGGACACUGUACGGGGUUCUGGAGGGAGUCAGAACCGUCCAGAACCGGAACAUUACUGGGACCAGAACUUCUAGAUUAAACUUAAACCGCAUUAAAAAGAUAAAACAGAGAAAGUUCUAAAAGAUCAGAAUUAGUGCUUAAUUAUAAAAUAGUUUAAAAGUUUCCAGAAACACAAUAAAUGACAGGAAACGAUGUGAUGGAAC